AAAACAUCCACCACCAGCUCCAAUAUGAAGCGCAUAGCUCAAUUACCUCUCGCAGAAGGCACGAAUGCCUUCCGCAACUGCUCGAGAGCCCGGAUAUCCUCACCAUUUACGCAGCGAUGUCUACACAAUUCGCCACCGAACCCAGCAACAGUGGCUCCCAUCACAGCUUCCGGCCCACCGCCAACAGCACCUGUACCAAGCGCUGAACAUGUGGACUCGCGAGUUGCAAGACGGAGGAAACAGGCGGACCUGCUGAAAAGAGGACAGGAUAUGAGGGCUAUUGCUGGGGGCGCUGGUGGUGGAUCGGCGAAGCACAAGAGAUUUUGGAAGGAUGUGCAUGUGAAGCAUACGGAUGAAGGCCUCCAGGUCCACUUGGACAAACGCCCCCUCCGCCGCCCAUCAAAAGCCAUCCUCACAGUCCCCCACCACAAACCACACCUCGCAUCCGCCAUCGCCCUAGAAUGGGAUCUCUUGGUGUCCGCCCAACAAGCACUCAAACACCACCUUAUUCCCAUGACCUCCCUCGUCUCCCGCGCCCUCGACAUCGCAGAUGAAGAUGAAGCAGGAAAGGGGGACAUCAGGGCCAAUAUAGUGAAGACUGUGAUGCGGUAUCUAGAUACCGAUUCAUUGCUAUGCUGGGCGCCGGAAGCAAAGCCCGAUCCGCCGGGAUACGAUGUCCACGUCAAGAGAACGGAGAGUCUGAGGAGUAUUCAGAGGAGGACCGCGCAGCCGAUUAUUCAGUACUUGACGGAGAAGGUGUGGCCUGGCGUCGAGAUCGUACCGGUGCUGGAUUCAGAGAGCAUUGUACCGAGGAGUCAGCCGCAGAUGACGAGGGAUGUUAUUCAGGGGUGGGUUAGCGGACUUCCUGCUUUUGAGCUUGCCGGGUUAGAGAGAGGAGUUUUGGCGGGGAAAGGACUACUCGGUGCAGCUAGGCUGCUGGUUGAGUGGAGCACGGAGUUGGCGCAUUUGAGGGACGAGGAGGCGGGCAAAAAGUUUGGGGUUGAGGAAGCGGCGAGAGCGGCGAGCCUGGAGGUCGAUUGGCAGACGGGAAUGUGGGGGGAGGUGGAGGAUACGCAUGAUGUUGAUAAGGAGGAUGUGAGGAGGCAGUUUGGGAGUGUGGUCUUGCUCGUCUCGGGCGAGGCCGUGUAAGUUGUGUGUUUGACGAUUGUACAAGUUGUACAGUAUAUUUAGAUGUUUAUAUAUUAUCAUAUCACACUCCUCUCCUCAAAUCGAGGACCUGCUGAGCCGGGGGGGCCGGCGGCAAGCGCUUUCUGGUGGCAAGUUGCCUGUGUAUCUGUGGAGUCUUUCAUGGCAAUGACAAAAGUUCAAGGUG